AUGUCUCGCACAGAUGUUGCAGUCAGGAUGCUUUCUGGUUUCCUCUUCCUGCUCUUCCUCACAGAUGGGGUGUAUUCUGAGGAUAACUGCAGCUAUCAGGAUGUUUUAAAUUACCUGCACCUUACCAAAAACAAUGAGCAGUACGUCAUGACCCGGCCUGUGAGAAACUACAAACGCCCCACACGGGUUUACCUGGAAGUUCUGCUCUAUGCCAUUCUUGACGUGGUUGAGAAAGAUCAAAAAUUCAUCCCUUACGUUUGGACAGUCAUGAGGUGGCACAAUGAAUACAUUUCCUGGGAUCCAAAUCAAUUUUGUGGAAUUGAUAAUGUUUCUCUUCCAUCCGAGUUCCUGUGGAAGCCAGAUCUUACUAUUGAAGAAAUGACAGAGCGGGACAAAGCACCUCCAAGUCCUUAUCUCACUAUCAACGAUAAAGGUGAUGUUGAAGUCCAGAAUGACCAGGUGCUGGUCAGCACCUGCAGGAUGCACAUUUAUAAUUUCCCCUUCGACAUACAGCGCUGCAGCCUCUCCUUCAAGUCUGUCAUACACACUGCCAAAGACAUUCGGCUGCAGCCAAGUGACAACUCUUCAGAGGCCACAGAGUGGUCUCGGGAAGUGAUGCGGACCCAGUACGAAUGGCUGUUCAUCAACAUGACAGUCACUUCCAACAACGCCAGCGAUUUACUCGGCCAAGACAUCAUCGUUUACACUGUGGGUAUGAAUAGAUACAGAUUACUUAAACAUAGAGUAGGUAUAUCAGCCACCUGAACCUUAAACGUCAUUUAACAGAUCAGCAUGAGGAGGAGGUCAACACUCUACAUCGUCAACUUCAUAGUACCCGUCCUGUUCUUCUUGUGUCUGGACUUGGCCUCCUUCCUGAUCUCAGACAACGGGGGUGAGAAGCUGAGCUUCAAGGUCACCGUGCUGCUUGCUGUCACUGUGUUACAACUUAUUCUGAAUGAAAUCCUGCCUUCCUCGUCAAACAGGAUUCCACUUAUAGCUGUCUACUGCAUUGGGAUGUUUGCCCUGAUGAUGCUCAGCCUUGUGGAGACGAUUUUCAUCAUGUAUCUGUUAGAGAAAGACUCUGCAUCCCGAGAGAGUGAGACAGAUAAAGACCAAAGCCCGAGUGAGGACUGUAACAAACAGGGCAAUGCCAACUUCCUCAAAUGUCACGGAGAGCUGCACAAACGGACUCAGUGUGCGUGUAUCUAUGAUGGUGAUGGUGGACCUUCGUCUGAACUGCUGUCCGUGGCCAAAGAGGUUAGAACUGGAUUCAACAAGCUGGUGGAGGAGUCCCACGCCUUGGAGAAGGUUUCAGACGAGCUGAAGGAGAUGGAGAAAACACUGACUCUGCUCCUCAACGGCAGGAAGGACGAGUUCAAGCCCGGCUACUGGACCAGAGUGGCUAAAAGAGUCAACAGAGUUUUCUUUAUUUUCUAUGUCACAGUGGUCAGCACCAACAAGCUGUCUGUUGGUUAA